UCUCUAUGAUUCCCGCAAGGCUUGCCGGGUAACAGAAACUUGGCCUCCAUUUUGUUGCUGGCGGUGGGCGCGUACGGCUGAGGUUCCUGCUGUCGCCAUGGGUCGUCGUCCGGCUCGCUGUUACCGGUACUGUAAGAACAAGCCGUACCCAAAGUCCCGUUUCUGCCGAGGGGUCCCCGAUGCGAAGAUCCGCAUCUUUGACCUGGGUCGGAAGAAGGCGAAGGUGGACGAGUUUCCACUCUGUGGCCACAUGGUGUCCGACGAGUACGAGCAGCUCUCCUCUGAAGCCCUGGAGGCCGCACGCAUCUGCGCCAACAAGUACAUGGUGAAGAGCUGUGGCAAGGACGGCUUCCACAUCCGAGUGCGGCUGCACCCCUUCCACGUCAUCCGCAUCAACAAGAUGUUGUCGUGCGCGGGCGCCGACAGGCUCCAGACCGGCAUGCGAGGUGCCUUCGGAAAACCGCAAGGUACGGUGGCGAGGGUCCAUAUCGGCCAGGUCAUCAUGUCUAUCCGCACCAAGCUGCAGAACAAGGAGCACGUGAUCGAAGCCCUACGCAGAGCCAAGUUCAAGUUCCCCGGCCGCCAGAAGAUCCACAUCUCCAAGAAGUGGGGCUUUACCAAGUUCAACGCGGAUGAGUUUGAAGACAAGGUGGCGGCGAAGCGCCUCAUCCCUGAUGGCUGUGGAGUCAAGUACAUCCCUGAACGUGGCCCUCUGGACAAGUGGCGAGCCCUGCAUUCCUGAGGACUUUGCUGGCAGAAAAGAAGUACCGUACCAAUGAGGUUAUAGUUUGAAAAUGUUCAUUCCGUUCAUAGAAUAUAGAAUGUUACUUUGCAUAGUAUAGAACAUUGCAAUGGAAAGACCUGCCUUCAGAAACAAGAAAACUGCAGUUUAUUGAGGAAGAAUUUGCUAUUUUUUGACCCAUGUACUUUAAAUUUUUAGAGAAUACUGCAGUGUAGCAAACGUUUUUGUUGUGAUGGUACAAAUGAGAUUGUUAUUAUCUUGGGUUAAGAGUGACUAGAGGAGUUGGAAGACAUGUGAGCAAAGUUCUUUAUAGGAAAUUAAACAUGAAAAUUACAUUUCAA